AGGCCGCGGGAGUAAUCGUCAACGAAUGGCCAUUUAAAUAAAAUUAAAAUCUUACUUCAGUAUUAAAGAUUGUGGUUGAAACUAGUUGUAAGUUGUAGCCGACAUUUUCACGUUUAGUUUGCCGUGAGUGUGUUGUACGAGUCGACGGUUCCACGCCGCGUCGUUUAAAUAUACAAUUUAAAAUAUAACAAUGCAAAUACAAUGGACGAUUAUAUUCAAACACAACAACGCACAGUGAAUUACAAACGGAUUGCUUCAAAAAUAUUUUUGAAUUAAUUACGAUGGAGGCGGUAUGCGGUCGUGGCGACGGCAUGUGCCAGGCAUAUGCCCUAUCCGCUGCGCUGCAUUCUCUUAAUCUAUACUGUUCUGCAAUAUCUGCCGCACUCGUCUGCUGCUGCGUAAACCGACGACCUCACUGUGUAAGAAAACGUUGGCGGUUACAAAAUACUCGAGGCAUCACAAGUCUGGUCCUCGCUGUGGUAUGGUGCUGUUCAGCGGCGUCCGCCUCCCUUCGGCCAGCUGCUACAGUACACCUGGUGGCAUCCUUAAUGGCACCACUCUCGUGGUUGGCUGCAGCAGCCCUCCACGUAUCAUUAUGGAAACGCCGAUCAGCCGCCCCAAUACUCUAUCUGGGCAUCUACUGGUUUCUGGCAUCUAUUUGUUCGGCGGCGGUGCUUUUCGAAAACAUGAAAAAGGAAAACUUUGUGACACACAUCGAAGUGUACCUUCAAGCUUUGUGCCUAUUUCUCACGACGAUUAUGACUUGUGUUGAUUGUUUGUGUUUUUAUGACGAGGUAGUGAAACGAAAUUACUCAAUUCAAAAAUCUACCGAUCCAUAUAAGAUUGUUUACAAACACAAUGAAACACAUUUUUAUGGGAAAAUCACGUUUUUCUGGCUGAAUUCAAUUUUAUACAAAGGAUGUGAGGAACCUCUUGAAGGUGACGAUCUCGGCUUUCUUCCCGAGAGAGAAAAAUCAAAAACAUGUUUUCAAAAGUUUAAAGACACCUAUUAUGGCCAGAAGGCAUCGAAAGACAAACAAGACAGACCGAGUCUAUGGAAAUGCCACGCUGCGAGUGUCUGGCCAAAUUUCUAUAUUGCAGGAGUUUUGAAAAUGUUCGGUGACAUUGUUGGGGUGAUACCACCUCUAGGCCUGGGCGUCAUAAUACAGUUUAUAGAGAAACCUUUAAUGACGAGUUACGAAAGUACGGAUGUAACUGUUGACGAAUUCUUGAACAAUGGCUAUGCAAUGUUGAUGAUUGUGACAUUAGCACUCGUGGUACAAGCUCUUUUGUCGCAAAACUCCACACAUUUGGUAACUGUGGAGGGGAGUAGGUUAAAAACUUCGUUACAGAAUAUGGUGUUUGAUAAGUGUACACGUCUGGCAUCUUGGUCUACUCACGAAGGCAAGGAAGACGAACAAUCUCCACUGUUACAUAUGCCAAAAGAAGAAGCUUCGCAAACGGGAAUGCUCAUGAAUUUGGUCUCUCAGGACACUUACAACAUUAUGUCUUGUGUUUGGAUUUGUCAUUACUCCUGGGCUAUACCUUUAAAGGUAACAGUUAUAUUAUACCUGUUGUACAUGAAGUUGGGAAUAAGUGCGAUAAUUGGCGCAGCCACCAGCGUUCUACUUAUUACGCCGCUACAAUUCUACAUUGGCAAAAGAAUUUCAGACAAUUCCCGAAUCAUUUCAAAGUGCACCGACCACAGAGUCUCGAAAAUGGCUGAGAUAUUGAACGGAAUCAAUGUCAUUAAGCUGUUUGUCUGGGAGGAUUUGUUUAACGAAAAAAUUUUGCAGCUGAGGGAAGUUGAACUAAAACAUCUCAAUAAGGAUUCUAUAUAUUGGGGAUUUUUAACAUUCACAACUCAAUUUUCUUCAGUAUUAAUUACAGUCAUUACAUUUGUUGCGCAAUAUUGGCUCAAUAAAAGUAGUGCAUUGACAACAGUAAAUGUAUUUGCUGGGCUUGUCUUAUUCAACCAAUUAACGAUUCCGUUGCUGAUCUUGCCCGUCACGGUGCUGAUGAUCAUUCAAGCAAUGGUGAGUACCCAGAGAAUCCAAGAUUUUCUGGAUCUACCGGAGUCGAAGAAUUACAAUGAAGAUAUAAGUAAAAAUUACGAGUUCAAUGAUGAACAGUUUGCUCAAAAUAAUCCUAUAUCGCAAAUAAAUGAAUCCAAAUAUGAAAGCAUGGUAAAUAACGCUGAUUGCAAUCAUUCUGAUUAUCUGAUGAGAUUUAGAAGUGCAGCUUUUUCUUGGGGAACGAAGGAGAAUACUUGUUUAGAAAUUGAAAAUUUGGACCUACCUUCAGGUAAACUAAUAAUGGUUAUCGGAUCAUCUAAUUCUGGGAAAUCAUCGCUGCUUUCUGCAGUUCUAGGCGAAAUGCAACUAGAACAUGGACACGUGGAUACUAACGGGCACUUCUCUAAAUGGUAUUCUGGUCAACCACCAUGGCUUUUGGAUUGGUCAAUUCGAGACAAUAUUCUCAUGGGGAGUACCUGGUGUGCCACAAGGUAUUUACGUGUUGUGCGAGCUGUUGGUCUUCGUCCAGACUUGCAACUUCUUCCCGAUGGUGAUAAAACGAUAUUGGGCAGUUAUGGUACUCCUCUAUCUGGUGGGCAACGCGUGCGUGUAUGCAUUGCUCGCGCUUUAUACUCCCGGGCUCGUCUACUUGCCUUUGAUGAACCAUUAAGUGCUUUGGACGUACCUUUAGCGAGACAAGUAGUAGCCCGUGCAUUGUUGCCAGCUGCAAGAUCAGGCCGCACCAUACUUCUUGCUACGAGUAGAUUGGAACUGCUUCAUUAUGCCGAUUUGGUGAUAGUAAUGGACGGGGGUCGAGUGGGUGGAGUAGGUCGUCCAGGACUGUGCGAGGGCACGCUUGGCGAAUGGUGGUCAUUAGCUGGUGAGGCUCGUGCGUCUGCAGCAAGAUGUGGUGCUGGUCCUCCUGGCGGCACAGCCCAAGAACGCUCUCACCUCCUUCAUGCACUUUCUAAAAUUAAGAACCAGAGAAGCGUUUCAGAAGACAACAUUAUAGGAGUAUCUGAGGCAACUGGAGCGCAUCUCUUAGCUGAAGUAUGGACGUGUGGCGCGGGGACCUGGAGAAAGACAUCAAAACGCACUCGUUCUGCUUUAUCCAGGCAGUUCUCAUCGCCUCCGGCGACUGUUCAGGAUCAUAAGUUACGACGUGAAGUUCGUCGCACCGUUAGUGCCGACGCUUCUAGUGACACGCUGCAAAGAGAUGCAAGUCUCUUGCGCAGAUUACUUCGUCCACGAGCUACUAAUACCCUGACAAGAUGGACUCCAAAAACAUUGCGUCGCUUCAUCAGCUCUGAUUCGGACGACAACGUGGAAAUCGGAUCUAAAGAUCCAGUAGAUGUAACAUUGGAAUCUACAUUCACAUCGUUGACCUCAAAUGGUGCAGAAAAUGUCGGCACAUGCGACGCUCCGAUAGCUAGAGAGGAGUCUGACCCACUUCGAAACGAGUGGUCGGUAUGGAAGGAAUACAUAAAGAGUUGUGGAUGGUGGGGUGUCAUGUUUUGCAUAACAGCAGCGACGGCGCAGGGUUUAGUGGUCGCCGCUGACUGCUGGCUGUCCCAUCUCGCUGAUCAGAACACACGACAGAACCUCACCCGUCAACAGAUGUGGGAGAUGGUACGAACAUAUGCUGGUUGGUGCGCGUGUGGUGCGACUGCGGGCGGUCUAGCUCAAGCGGCGUGCGCUUGUGCGGGCGCGGCAGCGAGGAGACUCGUACACGAGAAACUGCUAGCAACCACUCUACAUACACCUUUAUAUCAUCAUCACGCUACACCACAAGGCGCUUAUGUUCAUCGUUUUUCUGCUGAUAUAACUAUUAUUGAUAAGAAAUUACCAACGGCAAUUAGCCGGUGGGUGCAAUUAACUCUCUUAUGUGGAGCAGCUUUUCUUGUUAAUAUUAUUCUAUCUCCGUUUACGUUGCUUGUUCUACUACCGGCUGCUUUCUUCUACUUUGCGUUACAAUCUGUUUAUUUAAAAAAUGCAAGCGAACUUCAGCGUAUUGAAGCAAGUAGUGCGGCAAGUGUUGUGUCACUGACAGCGCAGACAAGCGCGGGUGCGGUCACAGUAAGAGCGGGGCAGUUACAAGCUCGUCUUCGCGACGUAUUUCAAAAGAGAGUAGACGAUAAUCAUAAUGCUUUGUUACUACUAAACGCCUCUAACCGUUGGCUUGGGCUUGGGUUGGAUCUUGUUGGAGUGUGUACAGUGUUCACAGCCUUAUCAGUUGCAUUAUAUAGUGAAAGCUCGGGGUCGGUCGCCGGUUUAGCUGGAACCUAUGCUCUAUUAUUACCUGUAUACCUUGCUCAUCUUGCUAAGUGCCGGGCAGAUCUUCACCUGCAACUAGCGUCCCUAGAAAGAAUACUCUCUGAUACUAUUGUGCCUCAAGAAGAUUACAGAGACGACUAUCCUAUACCCGCUGGAUGGCAACGAAGUGGGAGAAUUGAGUUCCAAGGUGUCAAUGUACAGCAUCAACCAGGUGCUCCAAUCAUUCUCAAUGAUGUUAAUUUCGUUGUUGAACCUGGACAGAAGGUCGCCGUGUGCGGUCGUAGUGGCAGCGGUAAAUCAACUUUGUUGCUAACAUGCGCUGGUGCUACGGAAAUACAUAGUGGUCGAGUACUUAUUGACGGCCAAGACAUCACUCGGGUCCCAUUGAAACCUUUGCGUCAUCGUAUCGUGGUAUUACCACAGGAAAAUAUAAUGUUCUCAGGGACACUGAGGGAAAAUCUAGACCCACUUGCCGUGCACACAGAUGAAGAAAUUUGGCAGUGUUUGAAAGCUGUUGGACUGUAUGAUUUUGUUACGGCUCAAUCAGCUGGUCUAGAGUGCAUAGUAAGCAAUCGCAAUAACGGUUGGUCUGGCGGUGGACGUGUUGGGCGCGUGUGUGCCGCGCGAGCAGUUUUACACGCUCGACCGGCUGCCGCUUUGUUACUGGAUGAGCCAGCCGCGGCGCUCGACGCCUCCGCUCAACGUGCGUUACUCCGAGCUCUUGCGACACUCGCACCAAAUACUACUAUCAUCACAGUUGCGCACCGGUUAUCAUCAGUUCGUGAUUAUGACAACUGCGUAAUUCUUGAAAAAGGCCGCUUAGUGGAACAAGGAAACAUCAACAGUUUAUUGUCCGAUCCGUCAAGUCGACUUUCAUGUAUGCUGACAACUCCCGCCCACCUCAUAUAACCAAAUAAGUAGUUUUACAAGCUGAAAAUAUUACCCCAAAGGUGCUUUUUGUAAAAACAUUUCGUAUUGUAAAAUAUUCAUACUUUUAGUAUUUUUAUUAUAUACUUACUCAUAAAACUCAGACUGUUUGCGAUGAAAGAUCUUUCAUCGGCAUUUUUAUGAAUGUGUUUGUCGUGCUGAAGACUGAAUUGUGAUUUGUACAAUUAAAAUAAAUAAAACAAAGGUUUCAUUCCAUUGUAUUUUAGACAACAAUAUAAACUCAAUUAGCUGACAUGAGCGCACUCCGCGCGUACCAGUCAACACACAACAUUUAUCACUACAUAACAACUUACAAACGUACGUUGGCACCGAUUUACAUUAAAAAAAUAUUUGUGUAGUCAUAUAAAAAUAUUCGCUUACCUACGCCGUAAUAUUAAAUAUUCUAGAUAAAUCUCGACAUGUAAUAAAUUCUCUGUUUCACUUAACGCUAGAUUGGUAUUCACGGGACGGGGAUGGUUACGUUUAAUCUUUGGUUUUGACGACAGGUAAGGCACUUACUUGGCAAUUAAGUUCAAUUUACAUUGUCGCGACCUAUACGUGAUGUUAUAACAAAUUAUUCAUGCCAUAAUGACGUUAAUGGCAUUCGUACAAAUUUAUUGUGUAUAUGUCGCAGCCAACUAACUUAUUAAGACGUUCAAUUAACAGCCUGGCCUCAACUAAACAGCGCCGUUUAACUACCGGCCUUAAAGAUAUGCAGCCAGUUGAUCAAACAGCUAAGCCAAUGGCAUGGAUCCAUGACGUUUCAUUACUUGCCUAGCAUAUUGACUGUGAAUUUAAAUUCACUUUCUGCCACUCUCAAACUCGAAACGAAACUCUUCAAACUGUCAAUAUGGCAUCGUUAAACCACAACCUUGCUGGUGUUUUCAAAGUUUAAUGACAAACAACAAGGACAAUGGAAGAGUGUAGUGACAAUAAUGUGAAUUUAGCUGUGACUGAAUCAAGCAAUGUAAUUUUUAAAUAAAUAUUUUUCCUGUCAGAUGUUUCGUCUAGUUUAUUAAAUGUUACAAACGUUACUUUUCCUUUCAGGCCGCUAGUUAAACAGGGCUGCUUAGUUAAAAGGCUAGACUAUUAAUUGAACAGAUUAUUAAGAUAGUUAGGCUGCGACAUAUAUAAGCUACAACAAUUCUGAAUAUUUAAAUUCCGUGGAAAAGGAACCAUUUUUCUCGUUAACUACGUAUGGUAUGUGCAAUUUUGUUGCGAAUUCGUUUUCAAUCAAUACCGUGACAAUCUAAAUUGAACUUUAAGUCACUUGGAUUGAAUUUUGCAUGUUUCUGUUACGUAACCUAGAUUUAUUCCAUGUCAAUAUUAAUAAAAUUCCCAUAAUUUUGU